CAGCCCGGUUCCUCAGGUCAGUGUAAGCAUGGCGGAUAGCUCGCGCGCACAGAAACUGGACCUUGUUUUCCAGCAUAUAAGAAACGUUCCUGAUUUUCCCAUCGAAGGCAUCGUGUUCAAGGAUAUUUGCCCUAUUUUGAAGGAGCCUAAAGCCCUGGCUGCAGUUAUAGAUCUGUUUGAGGAGCACGUGAGGCAAAACCAUCCACACACUGAGCUCAUUGUGGGUCUGGAAGCCCGGGGCUUUCUGUUUGGGCCUCUUUUGGCCCAGAGAUUGGGAAUCGGCUUUGUCUUGGUUAGGAAGAAAGGGAAACUUCCUGGUCCCACGACGUCUGUAGAGUACACUCUCGAGUAUGCCACGGCUGAGGUGGAGAUUCAGGUGGACGCUGUGGACCCUGGACAGAAGGUUCUCGUCAUCGAUGACCUGCUGGCUACCGGAGGGACACUGUGUGCAGCGUGCGAGCUGAUGAAGAAGCAGAAGGCUCAGGUGCUGGGCUGCUUGGUGGUGAUCGAACUAAAGGACCUCCGCGGAGCAGAGAAACUCCCCGUCCCCGUCUUUUCUUUGCUGCAGUGCUGAUCACUUUCACGUCUGCACCGAGAUGCAUGAAGCAUUCCACAUUUACACGGCGCAAUAAGUACACGUGCAUCAGAUUCUUUCUGAAUCGUAUUUUGUCUCUAAAGAAAGUUGAAGCGAGUUUAAAUAAUUAUCAAUUAAUUGCAACAAAUAUGAGAGUUGUUCAGUGGGACUUUUUGUCCUUGGGAUGCAGCUAUGCAAUUGUACAUGAUUUUUAAUCAAUACAUCAGUGUUCUUGUGUAAUUAUAGCCCUGAUCCUGGUUUUAUUCAUAUGCAUAUUGUUCAUUCAGUUGCUUGAUUGGGGCAGGUUUACAAAUGUGCCAUUGUAUGGUGAGUUUCUAAAGGAUGAAACCAUGCCGGGUCAGGCUCCAUUCUGCUGUCUGUAACAUAAUGUCUGUAAAAGCCAUUUUAAGAACGUCUUGCAUGACUUAAUCUUUUAUAAUGAACAAUAAGAUUUUUCUUGGUUAAAUUCUGAGUUGUUAGUUUAGACUUAUGCCAGUAACAUGGUCUAUUUUCCCUUGGAGUUUGCACAUUACCCGUAACGGACCUCGUUUAUCAGUCUUUUAAUGAAGUUGUGUGUAAAUCAAACCAAACUAAAACGUUCUGACAGAUUUACAGAAGUUUCCGAAAGGUUGAUUUUCUUCGUGCUCGUGCGCAUAUGUUGAUGGCCCGUUCUUGACGCAGCUCGUUUGCAUGUAGCGACGCCCGCGACAUUAAAUUAAAAAAAACAAAACAGCUGGGAGCACGAAAUGAGGGAUAAGGGUAAAGUCUGAAAGAUGGAUGUAGAGGUUAUUUUGACUCCCUUCCAAGCCAGUAAAAAUAUUUAAUCUAACAUUUGACAUUAAUAAUAAAUCGCGCACCAAUCUUCCAUCACCUGAGGCAUUUGUUUACAUCUUUCAGCUGUGCACAGACUGACGGGUCCACCCUGCGUUUACAGAGUGCCGUUUGUUUUUUAUAAUUGAAUGUUUAAUUUUUUUUUUUUUAAAGACAAUUGAAUGUGCAUAUAAUAAAUGUGCAGUGAUCCAUGCAAAUUGUGAUCAAGUCGAGAUUUACAUUUGUUAAUAGAUUUAAAUGCUCAAACAAUUUAUGAAUAAAUUCUUUUGCAUCCAGUUUGAAGCGACUGACCCAUUGUCCAUUGAUUACCUGACGAGAGCAGUGCAGCAGAGCUUUAGUCCUUUGAUGAAGUGAGAGCUGGACAGAUUAAUCAAUUAACACCAUACAUCAGUAACUGGCCAAACUGCAUCUCUGCCACAACUCGGCUGCGGUGGAUUCUGGAGUGCAGCGUUUACACUUGAUCUCUCACUAAUGAUGAACGUUCCUGGAAAAUUUAAGACAAGAAGCUUGUGCUGUUUGGUUUUUAGGAGCCAACAGGGGUGCUUAUACUCUUUCGCUCGAGAUUGCCGUGAUACUGCUGAAAUUAACAAGCAGAGUGCUUCAGGGUGGAGGUU